CAGGAGCCAGGGUUGCAGUUCACAAAAUCCACACAGAGCGUCGUCCCCUCACCUGUGGAGCGAAGAGUGAAUUGGAGAUGGAAAGCCGCCCCCGUUCCAAUGACCAAAUAAGAGCGAGCGAGUGUGCCCACGCGCUGAAUGCAUAGGCUAUUUUCAGUGAAUGUUCUAAGGAAUCGGUGACUUUACAUUUAUUGUGUUUGAGUGAAGGUACAUUUGGACUUUUGAUUUCUACCCUGUCCGUAUUUAUUUUGUGUUUCUCACCUGGAUCGUAUCACUAAAAGCUCAAUGGAAAGGUAAAAGGACACCGUGCCUACCAAUAAAACAACUCGCAUCCAAAAGAUCCAACAAGUGGAUGAACGAAUAUUCUGCUUCUGCACUAAUGACUGGACUAAAACAACGGAUUAAGCAUCUUUGAAUGAUCUCAUUGUCUUUGGAUUUGAUCUGUUUGUUUUCUAAUCCAGUGAGAGAAACCGCGGUUCCUUUUCAUCUGCACUGACAUCUCACUAGCGGUGUGUCUCAGCAGAUGGAGCCACCGUGAUGUGUUUAAGCUUGUUCAGCAAAUAGCCUGUAUAAGUGUGACAAUUUAGGCAAUUAAUUCAACUCGAUGAUUGUCAAUUAAUUUCCUCAACCCAGGCUAGAUAUAUCUCGCAAUUUGUGUAACAAAUAGCUGUCAAGUAUCCAGAUAAAUAAAAAGGAGAUACAGUGACAACGUCAAGUUUAUAUUUAUAUAUAAAAACAAUAAUCCACUAGUCUUCUCCGUGUUCAUUCACCAAGGAACGGGGGAUAGGCUACCACGGAUCCUCUCUUCUCUCCUGCCUCUCGAAUCUGGGACCACAUCUGUUCCUUUCUAUUCAUGGACUUGAUCCUCCGCACCCUGUUUGAAACUGGAGAAAAGUUUUGAGUGACUCUCUUGAACCCUCCCUUAUAUGAAGAUCAGGGCACAGGUGGCAGCCCCAGACCGUUACCGCAGCCAUGCCUAUCAUGCAUCCAAUCACCUCCAAUUUGAUGUACCGGGGCAUCUGCACCAUCCCAGACAUGCUCGCCUACCGAGCCCCGGUCAACCUGCCCGAGGACGAGGUGGAAGAGAUUCGCGAGGCGUUCAAGGUAUUUGACCGUGAUGGGAAUGGCUUCAUCUCGAAGCAAGAGCUGGGCAUGGCCAUGAGGUCUCUGGGGUACAUGCCCAAUGAGGUGGAGCUGGAGGUCAUCAUACAGAGACUGGACAUGGACGGUGAUGGUCAGGUGGAUUUCGAAGAGUUUGUCACUCUCCUCGGACCCAAGCUGACAGCAGCCGGAAUGCCAGACAAGUUCCACGGAACCGACUUUGACUCUGUGUUCUGGAAGACUGACAUGCAGAAGCUGACGGUAGAGGAGCUGAAGAGGCUGCUGUAUGAUACAUUCUCCGACCACCUCACCAUGAAGGAUAUCGAGAACAUCAUCAUGACCGAGGAGAGUCACAUAGCGAACCCAGGGGCCUGCCAGGUGGAUAUAGACACUAGUCCAACGCAGCAAGUCAAGCAGACGUGUGUACGCAAGAGCCUGAUAUGUGCUUUUGCCAUCGCUUUCAUCAUCAGCGUCAUGCUUAUCGCAGCCAAUCAGGUGCUACGGAGUGGCAUGAAGUAGGCGGGGACGGCCAUGGCCUCCUGACCCUCUGAAAGAGACUGCUGUAAGACACCUGGACAAAUGACUGAGAAAAGAACAGCUCAACAACAACAACAGACAAUUAAUCCACCAUCUAAAUAAUCUGACAGAAAGGCAUGGCUCUCAUCCAAAUGCCUUCAUGGGCAUAUUUCCCAACAUGCUCCUUUAUCUCCUUUCUGAAUGGAACCCAUUGAGACCCUUAACUACGGUGGCCUGGAGGUUGACCAUUAUCUGUGCAUGAAGUGCAUGGAUUUAACCAGUCGUCUCUUGAAACAUUUGUAGACCUUAUUAUCAGUGUAAAUCCAUAUGACUGUGUAACAAACAGAGGUGUGUCAUUAUUAACUUAUUGUGAACCAACUGUGACCAACUUUGUUAAUAGGGUCGCGGGUCAAGGGGUCAGUGGCGGGAAUGAACAAUGGGUUUUACAUCUGUACUGUGUAUCAAACAACAACAAACGAACAACAACAAACAAGUUAAUAUUUCAUAAUAAAUGUAUAUUUCACAGUUCUGCAUGAUCAAAAGGGCUGUUUAGUGGACUACAUGAUCAUAUCGUAAAAGUCGUUUUUGGACAACUGUUCUUAUUGACAUACUGUGGACUAUUAGCUUCACUGAGCACCCCAUAACGACCAGAACAUAUCUCACAGCCAUAACGAUCAUAACAUAUCUC